UUCAAGCCUCUUGUAUAAAUAAUCCCCCUUCCAUAAGCCUUUUCAUCAUCAACCACAAGCAUUAUCUAUUCAUCUAUUAAACAUCUUUAACUUUCUUGUUUCCAAUCUUCAAGAGAAAAAACAAUGCUAAGUGCUAAUAAACUUAUCAAGAUGGCUAGGAAAUGGCAGAAGUUUGCAGCCAUGCAAAGGAAGCGGAUUUCACUUCCAAGAAAUGGAAAUGAGGCUGACAGUUGUAGUACGUCUUCAUCGUCUAUAGCCGGAAAAGGCCAGUUUGUAGUGUACACAACUGAUCAAAGGCUCAUUCCAUUGGCUUAUCUGGAAAAUGAGCUCAUUUUGCAACUUUUAAACAUGUCUGAAGAAGAGUUUGGUCUGCCAAGUGGCAACCCUAUUACAUUACCGUGUGAUUCAGCUUUCAUGGAAUACAUUGUUUCACUAAUCAAGAAAGGUGCAGCUGUUGGAGAUCUUCAUAAAGCAUUGCUCCUUUCAAUUAAUUCAAGUUGCUCUUCAACUUAUUUUCACCAAGAAUUGGGAAAUCAGCAGCUUCUUGUUUAUUAAGUCGUUUUUGUUAUCUUUAGUAAACGAUAGCUAUUAAUAGAUUGUAUAUCAAAUUAAAAGUAGGUAGUUCAAAAUGUGUAUACAGAUGGAAUCAAGCUUUAUAUGAAAUUUAACCAGAUUUACAGGAAUGUACUGAAGAAUCUCAAAUAGUUGACUCUU